AAGGUUAUCAUAAUAUAACAACUAUUAAAUUCUUACUCCUUAACCAAAACGAUUUUUUUCAGUUACUACGCGUAGGUAAAAUACUUAAAAGUUAUUAAACAAUAUACUUAAAAGUAUCAGUUACGUCUUGUGUAAUAAAAUAACUACGGAACAAUGCCUAAGUCAAAGCGAGAUAAAAAGAUUUCACUAACCAAGACAACCAAAUUGGGUUCUAAAUUGAAACAAUCUGUAAUGGAAAAUCUCCGUGAGGCUGUUACCAAAUAUGAACACAUAUUUGUAUUUCAUACUGAUAACAUGCGAAAUGGUAAAUUAAAAGAUGUACGAAAUGAAUGGAAAGAUAGCAGGUUUUUCUUUGGUAAAAAUAAAGUGAUGUCAUAUGCUUUGGGAAAAUCAGCUCAAGACGAAAUUCAAACUAAUUUACAUAAAUUAGCUCUUCAAAUCGAAGGGCAAUGUGGAUUAUUAUUUACUAACAGACCAGUUGAUGAUGUUAUAGAGUGGUUUGACAACUACUCAGAGCCCGAAUUCCCCAGGGCUGGUAUCAAAGCUGCAUACACAGUAACAUUAGAUGAAGGCCCACUACCUGACACAUUUAUCCAUUCAAUGGAACCUUCAUUAAGACAGCUAGGUUUACCAACAAGUUUACAACGCGGUGUUAUACAAGUCCUAAAAAGUCACACAAUAUGUAAAGAAGGAAGCAUUAUCACACCAGAACAGUCUAGACUACUUAAACUUUUUGGACAUAAAAUGGCACAAUUCAAAAUAGUUUUGAGGUAUGUUUGGUCUAAAGAUGGACAAUUUCGACCUUUGCUUGAUGAGUAACAAUUUGCAAACAGUAAAAUUAUACUGAAACAACAUCAUAAACUAAUUUCAUUGAUAAGAUCAUAAAAAAUGUACUUGAAUGAAUUUCAAAUAUACUAAGUUUUUUAAGCAUUUAA